AUGGAGGAAUGGAUAGAUGGAUGGGUGGAUGAGUGGAUGGAUGGGUGGAUGGAUGGGACAAGCCUUGGCAAUAAUUGGAUGGAUGGAUGUUUUAAGGAAAGCAAUAGCAUAGCCUUAUCUUGGGUCCUGGCCAGGGAAGGUGGAAAAAGAAUGCUAGUAAAAAAGAAUGUGUGCUAUUCGCAUGCAUGCAUGCAUGCAUUUCAUCCACCACUUCCAUCAGAUUCUUACACUUCUCCAGAAGCUUUUACAUUUUCAAUGCCAUCCCCAAAGGCUUCCGUUAGCAGUUAG